AUGGCCGCCACAACAGAGCCGGUUCCCGAGCAGCAGCAACCUGUCUCUACGGAGAAGAAGCCCGAGCCUCAAGCACAAGCUCCUGCGCCAGCACCGGCAACAGACAUCACCAGUGAGAAGGAUGCGUCGCUAGCAAAGGAACCAGAAGCCAUGGCAGCAGCAUGCGACUACGACCCCUCGGCCGACUUCAAGGGCGAUGUGCAGGUCUCGCAAGAGCUUCCUACAGAGGCCGACAUCAAGAAGUGCGAGGACAUGCUCGUCCUGGGCGCCGACGGCGAGUCGCGACCAUUCAAAAGCCUGUACUCGGGCGAAGGCGUAGCCGAAAGACAGCUGAUCAUCUUUGUGCGACACUUCUUCUGCGGAAACUGCCAGGAGUACCUGCGCACGCUUUCCGCCAGCGUCACCCCUGACGCGCUGCUCGCGCUGCCCACGCCCACCUUCAUCACCGUCGUCGGUUGCGGGCGCCCCGAGUUGAUCUCAAUGUACGCGCAGACGACCAAUUGCCCGUUCCCCAUCUUCGCCGACCCGACCGCCAAGCUGUACGACUAUUUCGGCAUGAUGCGCACGCUGUCGCUGGGACCCAAGCGUCCGGACUAUAUGAAGGCCAGCAUGGUGUCGACGACGAUGCAGAGCAUGUACCAGUGCAUCAAGAGCGGGAAGGGCAUCGUUCAGGGUGGCGACCUCAGGCAGGUCGGCGGCGAAAUGCUGUUCGAGAAUGGCAAGGUAACGUGGGUGCAUCGGAUGAAGAAUACGCGCGAUCACGCCGAGGUCGAUGAGUUGAGGAGCAUCCUCGGGCUGACCGGAGAGGACGAGAGAAGGAGAGAGCGCCACGAUGGGUUCAAGGCCAUGGCAAGGAGCAUGAGCUGGAGUCGCAGACACGGGCGGAGUAGCGAGGGCGGCGGCAAGGACCGAAGCAGGUCGCGGGAACCUAAAGUAGUGGAGGUGGAUGAGAAGGCGGGCGAGAUGAAGGAGAAGGAGCAGAGGAAGAGCAAGAGGAGAUCUCUGUUCGCAAGAGCGGAGCCUGCGAAAGCGGAUACAGACUUGAAGGCCGAGAUGGAGAAGACUUCAUAA